AUGCAAACAAACCUAGAAUCAUUUGAUUCUAUUCGUGAAUUUAUACAACAAAAAUGGCUUAAUGAAUUGUCUCGAUUCGAGAAUCUCGAAUCUGAAAUUAAAUUUAAUACAGCACUUGUUCAUUCGAUGUCAAGUCCGACUAUAUGGGAUGAAUCAAACGGUGUCUAUUUAGGUUUUGAUAAUAAAAUUCAUACGAAACCUAAAUAUAUGGAUCAUAUCUAUACUGAUUUAUCCAUAUGGGAUAUUUUUCGAACACAAGUACCGUUUCUUAUUUUACAUGAUGCUAAACGAGCUAAUGAUAUUGUUCAUUCGAUUAUGCUCAUUGUUGAACAAGGUGGUUAUUUACCUAAAUGGCCACUUGCUAAUGGCCAUACAAAUUGUAUGAUUGGUUCACAUGCUGGUAUUAUAUUGAGUGAUUUAAUUAUGAAACAUGAACAUGAUCUGCAUCUUAAUAUGGCUCAAGUUUUAGAAGCAUUACGAAACGUAGCCAAUAAAGUACAAAAACAUGAUAGCCGUUUUGAUCCACCAACAUACAUUAAAUAUCAAUAUGUACCGUUUGAUCAAGAUGAAUAUUCAGCAUCACUUACACUUAGUUAUGCGUAUGAUGAUUGGGCAAUUGGUAAUGUCAUGUAUGCUGCAGGUCUUAUAGAUGAAGCUCAAGAGUAUUAUAAUCGAUCUCAAUGGUUUGAGAAUAUAUUCGAUAAUACAAAAAAAUUUUUCUGUCCACGAAAUAGUACUGGUUACAUCCUUUGUCCAUCAAGUGAAAUCGAAUAUUUGAUUCCAUUCGAUUAUCGUUAUACAGAAGGUGAUGCAUGGCAUUAUCGAUUCUUUGUACCACAUAAUACACCACGUCUUGUCGAUUUAUUUGGUGGUGCAAAUUUUUUUGCUCAAGAACUUAAUACAUUCUUUACUCGUAGUCGAGAUUGGCCGACAACAACAAUACCAAAUCCAUAUUAUUGGGCAGGAAAUGAACAUAAUCUAUUUUCUGUUUGGCAAUUCCAUUAUGCAAAUCGAUCUGAUCUUACUCAACUACAUUCACGUUGGCUACUUGAUCAUGUUUACACAAUAAAACCUGAUGGUAUACCAGGCAAUGAUGAUUAUGCUGGUUCAUCUACAUAUUUGAUUGGUAGUCCUGCAUUUGAUCGUAUUACAAUUCGUCGUAAUAAUGGUCAAUGUAUACUUACAAUUAUUGUUCAUAAUAAUUCAGCAGAAAAUAUCUAUGUUCAACGUGUUUUACUCAAUGGUGAACUUCUAUCAACAUUUCCUUUUAUAGAUCAUAUCAAUCAUCUUCAAUGUUCUACCGAAUCAUCAACAGUACAACUUGAGUUUUUCAUGUCAUCUACACCAUCAUCAAUUCCUCAAAUGAAUUCCGUUGAUCAUUAA